CCAUGCAUUUAAAUUCAUUUUUCUUCUUCAAUCCAGUCUUUUUUUUUGUUCGUCCAUUAGUUCUAAUAGUUUGGAUCAAUAAACUAGAUCGAUAAAUUAUGAUUAUCAGUGUUACGUGAAGUACGUGCAGGAUGAGAAUCUUUUUACCACCGAAGUCAAUGUUACCAAUUCACGAGGAAAUUCGCGUCUUUUUCCCUUAAUUACGAGUAAUUAGUAUUUGUUUUUUAAGCUUAUAAAAAUUUCUCUAGUUUAUAAAAAUUUUGUAUUUUCGUUUAUUAGAUCGAGAAAUUGUGUUCAUUUCAAACGACAUUAAUAAAGGUGGUGUAAUGUACGUGCAGGAUGAGAACCUUUUCACCAUCGAAGUCGAUACUAUUAACUCGUGACAGAUUUGCGUCGUUCUUCUCUUAAUUACGGCUAAUUAAUAUUUAUUUUUUAAGAUACAUUAUCUUCCAAUAUAUCACUCGAUUCCUGAAAGUGUGUUUUCUGUGGUGCAUUAUUCGUCAAUUGUGAGAAUGGUACUGAAAAAGAUAUAUUAGUGAAAAUAAAAGUGAUGACUACACAUCGCGUCUAUUCUUUUUCUUGUAUUUUUGCAUUAUUUCCCUACAGAUCUCCCUUCUCUAUUCUAAUUAUGUAAUCGUAUAAUAUUAGCAAUGCAUUUCGAUGAUUUCUAUACUGGGACAUCGCAUUUAUAACAAUUUUAUAUUUUCGAUUAUUAAAUCGAUAAAAAAUGAUUAUCAAGGUGACGUGAAAUAUGUGCAGGAUGAGAACCUUUUUACCAUCGAAGUCAAUGCUAUUAACUCGUAACAGAUCUGCGUCGUUCUUCUCUUAAUUACGGCAAAUUAAUAUUUAUUUUUUAAGAUACAUUAUCUUCUACUAGAUCACUCGAUUCCUAAGAAUGUGUUUUUUAUGGUGUAUUGUUCGUAAAUCGUGACAAUGGUACUGAAAAAGAAAUAUUAAUGAAAAUAAAAGUGGUAACUGCAUAUCGCGUCUUUUCUUUUUUUUUGUAUUUUUUGGCAUUAUUUCUCUAUAGAUUUUACUUUUCUCUUCUAAUUAUGUGAUUAUAAAAUAUUUGUGAUGUAUUUCGACGAAUCCUACGUACCGGCAGACGAAACAUCCCAGCUUUCUUUUUCUACAUAUUCUUUGUCCUUCGUCCUGUGUAUAAGUUCAAAUAAAAAAGGAAUCGUCGUUACGGAGCAGGAUGCUCAUUGUGCAAAGAACCAGCAAACAUUCCGUUCAAAUAGAAGAAGAAUCAUCCAUCCUCUUCAUCAUUAUGGGCAGAAUGCUGCUAAUCAUGCGAAGAACUCGAUAAUCAGCAAACAUCUCGUUCAAAUAAAAGAAGAAUCAUCCUCUUCAUCAUUCUGGGGCAGGAUGUCCGUCGUGCAAGCAUCAACGAAGAUUUUAAAUUCAUCGAUUCAACGAUUCAACGAUUCAACGAUUCAUCGAUUCAACGAUUCAACAAUAAUUUCAAUCAACUUCACGACAUCAUUCGACCUACUACGAGGGGGACGAGUGUUUUGGAGCCAUCGCAGAACUGCAAAGCGAAACUGAAGCAAGAACUAUAAAGGUCGCUCAAAGACCCGACAUUGUUGUCGAUUCACGAAGAAAAUUAUCCCCAUCUUACAAUUUAAUUCUAAGAUAACAUACUUUUCUGUUAUUGAAAAAACAUUGAAAUAUGCAGCCAUUCGCCCGGUAGUACUUGUGUCAUAUAAUUAUACAUAUAAUUUAGUUAUAAAUUUUAGUCACAUAAUGCAUAUUACUUAGUUACAGAUUUUAAAUAUAAUUAAGACAUGGAUUUGGAUAUUUCACAAGUACUACCGACCCAGGUCCCACCACGUGGAGGUAGCUGCAUCUGGGGACCCACGAGCUAACGGGGACUCUACUCUAAAAUUCGCGUGACCGGCGUGAUCAAAUAAUCGGCGUUCUACAAAACGAAGUCCCCGGUAGGACUUUUAAUCGCGCACGACACUCCCGGGAGUGUUAAUAUAACGGUGACUCUACUCUAAAUUCGCGUUCGCGACGUUUCGCGCACUAACCGAGACUACAGGCCGCUAACUGGAGGAGGGUGAGUCCCCGCUUACGGAUAGCGAACCAUGAUGCUCGGUAGCACAUAAACCGACACACGACCGGUCAUUUCGUCUUAGCAGUCAAACGAAGUCCAUUACCGUAGGACUUUUAUUCGCGCCCGAGAACACCACGACUGUGCUCGCCGACACAGGCGCGAAUGUUCUUCCUAUCCUACCCGUAUUCGCGUCUAACAAUCGAAUAUGAACCAAACCAUUAGACGCCACAUUGGACCUGCGCCGAUGGAUCGAAAAUCGCGAAGAGGAGAAGUAGAGAAAGAGAAGUAAAAAGAAAACCGGAACAUGCGCGCAUGUGAAAACGAUAGAACUCAAAAGAAAAGAAAGAAAGGAUCUCUGGAAGAUGCGAGGGAACACCUUGCGGAUAUGAAAAAGAUGAGAUUGAAGAGAAAAUAUGGACGUAAAAAAGAAAAGAAGAAAAGACGAAUCCCCGACCAAAAUCAUGAUCCAUCCUUCUAUGAUGGUCUAACCUAAAACAAAAAAAGAUAAAAAUAAAAACACUCAACGCCUAAAGGCGCGCACCGCGUAAGGGCCAUUCGGUCAAGGACACCGACCCGCGGUAAUGCUGUGUGGACAUGUAAUAUUCUUUAUAACCACGAUUCGAGCAAGCCGAAACGUGCAUAAAGAUUCAUUCUCGUCUCUCGGCAUCGACAGUCUUGAUGUCGAGUAAAGACAAUAUUCCGUGUGUGUGUAUUGGAAUUUUCCUGCACACCUUCAAAAAAAAUGGCAGGUAAACCACACGGAACUUUUCAUUCAACGCCUAAGAGGCGCGCACCGCGUAAGGGCCAUUCGGUCAAGGACACCGACCCGCGAUAAUGCUAUGUGGACAUGUAAUAUUCUUUAUAACCACGAUUCGAGCAAGCCGAAACGUGCAUAAAGAUUCAUUCUCGUGACUCGGCAUCCAGAGAGUUGAUGCUGAGUAAAAGAAUGUUCCGUGUGUUCAGAUUUUUCUGCACAUCGUCUUCAAAAGAGAUGGCAGGUAAACACGACGGUAUUAUUUAUUCAUCGCCGAAAAAGGGCGUACCGCGUAAGGGCCAUUCGGUCAAAGACACCGACCCGCGGUAAUGCUGUGUGGACAUGUAAUAUUCUUUAUAACACGACUCGACCAAGCCGAACGUGCAUAAAGAUUAAUUCUCGUCUCUCGGCAUCGACAGUCUUGAUGUCGAGUAAAGACAAUAUUCCGUGUGUGUGUAUUGGAAUUUUCCUGCACACCUUCAAAAAAGAUGGCAGGUAAACACGGAACUUUUCAUUCAACGCCUAAGAGGCGCGCACCGCGUAAGGGCCAUUCGGUCAAGGACGCCGACCCGCGGUAAUGCUGUGUGGACAUGUAAUACUCUUUAUAACCACGAUUCGAUCAAGGCGAAACGUGCAUAAAGAUUCAUUCUCGUGACUCGGCAUCCAGAGAGUUGAUGCUGAGUAAAAGAAUGUUCCGUGUGUUCGGAUUUUUCUGCACAUCGUCUUCAAAAGAGAUGGCAGGUAAACACGACGGUACUAUUUAUUCAUCGCCGAAAAAGGGCGUACCGCGUAAGGGCCAUUCGGUCAAAGACACCGACCCGCGGUAAUGCUGUGUGGACAUGUAAUAUUCUUUAUAACACGACUCGACCAAGCCGAACGUGCAUAAAGAUUAAUUCUCGUCUCUCGGCAUCGACAGUCUUGAUGUCGAGUAAAGACAAUAUUCCGUGUGUGUGUAUUGGAAUUUUCCUGCACACCUUCAAAAAAGAUGGCAGGUAAACACGGAACUUUUCAUUCAACGCCUAAGAGGCGCGCACCGCGUAAGGGCCAUUCGGUCAAGGACACCGACCCGCGGUAAUGCUGUGUGGACAUGUAAUAUUCUUUAUAACCACGAUUCGAUCAAGGCGAAACGUGCAUAAAGAUUCAUUCUCGUGACUCGGCAUCCAGAGAGUUGAUGCUGAGUAAAAGAAUGUUCCGUGUGUUCGGAUUUUUCUGCACAUCGUCUUCAAAAGAGAUGGCAGGUAAACACGACGGUACUAUUUAUUCAUCGCCGAAAAAGGGCGUACCGCGUAAGGGCCAUUCGGUCAAAGACACCGACCCGCGGUAAUGCUGUGUGGACAUGUAAUAUUCUUUAUAACACGACUCGACCAAGCCGAACGUGCAUAAAGAUUAAUUCUCGUCUCUCGGCAUCGACAGUCUUGAUGUCGAGUAAAGACAAUAUUCCGUGUGUGUGUAUUGGAAUUUUCCUGCACACCUUCAAAAAAGAUGGCAGGUAAACCACACGGAACUUUUCAUUCAACGCCUAAGAGGCGCGCACCGCGUAAGGGCCAUUCGGUCAAGGACACCGACCCGCGGUAAUGCUGUGUGGACAUGUAAUAUUCUUUAUAACCACGAUUCGAUCAAGGCGAAACGUGCAUAAAGAUUCAUUCUCGUCUCUCGGCAUCGACAGUCUUGAUGUCGAGUAAAGACAAUAUUCCGUGUGUGUGUAUUGGAAUUUUCCUGCACACCUAUUUCAAAGAUGGCAGUCAAACACGACGGAACUAUUUAUUAAUCGCCAAAAAAAGGCGUACCGCUUAAGGGCCAUUCGGUCAAAGACACCGACCCGCGGUAAUGCUGUGUAGACAUGUAGUAUUCUUUUUCAUCACGAUUCGAUAAAGCCGAAACGUGCAUAAUUUUAAUUCUCACUCGGAAUCGAGAGAGUUGAUGCUCAGUAAAGAUAAAGUCCGUGUGUUUGCAUAUAUGUUGGGUUUUAUCUGCACACCUUCUACAAAGAAGAUGGCAGGCAAAGCACGACGGAACUUACCAUUCAACGCCUAAAAGGCGCGCACCGCAUAAGGGUCAUUCGGUCAAAGACACCGACCCGCGGUAAUGCUGUGUGGAUAUGUAAUAUAAUUUUUAAUCACGAUUCGAUCAAGCCGAAACGUGUAUAAAGUUUAAUUCUGUUCGCUCAGCAUCGAGAGUCUUGAUGCUGAGUAAAGGCAAUUUUCCGUGUGUGUGUGAUCGGAUUUUCCUGCACACCUUCAAAAAAAGAUGGCAGGUAAAACACGGAACUUUUCAUUCAACGCCUAAGAGGCGCGCACAGCGUAAGGGCCAUUCGGUCAAGAUCACCGACCCGCGGUAAUGCUGUGUGGACAUGUCAUAUUCUUUAUAAGCACGAUUCGAUCAAGCCGAAACGUGCAUAAAGAUUCAUUCUCGUCUCUCGGCAUCGACAGUCUUGAUGCCGAGUAAAGCCAAUAUUCCUUGUGUGUGUGUUGGGAUUUUUCUUUAUCUUUCUUUACAGCUUCAGAAGUGUAAGGAUCCCACGAUGAUCCAUCCCCGGAUGUAACCUGAAACAGAAAAAGGAUAAAAGAUUAGAUAAACAUGUAAAAAUUACAUGCAAAAUUAGAUGCAAAAAUUUAUUUAUAUUCAAUAACUUCUUGCAUCAAAAAUAAAACUGACAAUUUAAAUUAUAAUAAAUUUAAUGUCUAAUUUAAAUUAGACAGAAAAGAGAGAUUUUAAAAUAACACCGAAAUAUGCAGCUAUCCGCCCGGUAGUACUUGCGCUAUAUAAUUGUAUUUUCAAUUUAGUUAUAAAUUUUUGAUAAUAUAUAUAACUUAGUUAUAUAUUUUAGAUAUAAUUUAGACAUAGAUUUCAAUAUAUCGCAAGUACUACCGACCCAGGUCCCACCGCUAGGAGGUUGCUGCACGUGGGGACCCACGGACUAACGGGGACACUACUCAAAAAUUACUUACAUUAACCCUUCUACUUGCGAAAGAGGCAUACUGUAAGAAUUGCGAUGAAUAUCGCAGCGGGGGGCCGUAAGGCAGU